GUUGGCUCGCCCGCCCGUGGCUCCUCCCGCUGCAGGUGAGCCGGGCGGAUGGAGGCAGCGGCAGCCGGAGCCUAAAGCGGCCACCUCGCCCCAACCGGGCCUCGAGAGCCCGCGGCACCCGGACUGGCCGCCGCCCUGAGCACAACAUGUGUAUUCGAAAUGCAAAGAGCAUAUUAUAGAAGGCUUUGGACUGUUCCUGGUUGUAUACAGUAAUACAAUGAAGGCAAUUGAAUUUAAUUCCCUAUGGAUAUUGAUUUCACUACUUUGCUGCCAGUUAUUGAACACUGCAGAGCACGAAGAUGUAGUAAAGCAUGCAAUAAAGCUGCAUCGUGGGAAAGGUGCUGCUGUCACACAGAGAAAACAAUGGGUCUUAGAAAAUUGCAGAAAGCUAUCUGGGCUCCUUCGCCAAAAGAACGUGGUUCUCAACAAACUAAAAAAUGCAAUAAGAUCAGUGGAGAAGGACUUGGGGCUGUCAGAUGAAGAGAAACUUUUUCAGGUGCACACAUUUGAAAUUUUCCAAAAGGAGCUGAAUGAAAGUGAAAACUCAGUCUUUCAAGCAAUCCAUGGACUCCAAAGAGCCCUUCAAGGUGAUUACAAAGAUGUUGUAAACAUGAAAGAAAGUAGUAGACAGCGAUUGGAGGCCUUGAGAGAAGCUGCAAUAAAGGAGGAAACCGAGUAUGUUGAACUUUUAGCAGCAGAAAAACAUCAGGUUGAAGCCCUUAAGAACAUGCAGCAUCAAAAUAAAAGCCUGUCCAUGCUAGAUGAAAUUCUUGAAGAUGUUAGGAAAGCAGCCGAUAGGCUGGAAGAGGAAAUAGAAGAACAUGCCUUUGAUGACAACAAAUCAGUGAGAGGUGUUAACUUUGAAGCAGUUUUAAGAGUGGAAGAAGAUGAAGCAGACUCCAAGAGAAAUAUUUCAAAAAGAAAAGUGGAAGAUGACCUGGGUCUUAGUAUGCUUAUUGAUUCCCAAAACAAUCAGUAUAUACUUACCAAGCCCAGGGAUUCAACCAUCCCUCGUGCUGAUCACCAUUUCAUAAAGGAUAUUGUGACCAUAGGAAUGUUAUCUUUGCCAUGUGGCUGGCUGUGCACAAUGAUAGGAUUGCCAACCAUGUUUGGGUACAUCAUUUGUGGAAUACUCUUGGGACCAUCAGGAUUAAACAGCAUUAAGUCUAUUGUACAAGUGGAAACAUUAGGAGAGUUUGGUGUGUUCUUCACUCUGUUCCUAGUUGGUCUGGAGUUUUCCCCUGAAAGGCUAAGAAAGGUGUGGAAGAUAUCUUUGCAAGGACCCUGUUAUAUGACACUUAUGAUGAUUGCUUUUGGCUUACUAUGGGGACAUUUACUACAGAUUAGACCAACACAGAGUGUCUUCAUUUCUACUUGUUUAUCCUUAUCCAGCACACCCCUAGUAUCCAGAUUCCUUGUAGGGAGUGCUCGAGGAGAUAAAGAAGGUGAUAUUGAUUACAGUAGUGUACUACUUGGUAUGCUGGUAAUGCAGGAUGUACAGCUUGGUUUAUUUAUAGCUGUUAUGCCAACCCUUAUUCAAGCAGGAGCCAGCACAUACUCCAGCAUUGUCAUGGAAAUACUGAGAAUACUGAUACUGAUUGGCCAAAUUCUCUUUUCUCUGGCUGCUGUUUUUCUUAUAUGUCUUGUUAUAAAGACUUAUCUCAUAGGACCAUAUUAUCGCAAGUUGCAUGCGGAGAGUAAAGGGAAUAAAGAAAUCCUCAUUUUAGGAAUAUCUGCUUUCGUCUUUCUUAUGUUAACGAUCAUCGAAAAAAGCUACCUCUUGGCAGAAAUCCAUCUCAACUUCCUUGACUUUAAGAAAGUGAUUGAUAGCAACCACAGAGAGACCCCUGGUCCAUGGAAUAUUGCUAGAAGCUAUGGGAUACCAGGCAAGCUGAUUAAAAUAAUGAGUUUUGAUGAUGGAAGUAGAUGCACAGUAAGAUUGGUUACAGGCUUGUGUGAGUGGUUCAGUAUUGUGGCUGGUGUUAGACAAAGGUGUGUGUUAUCAUCAACACUCUUUGCAUUAGCAAUACACAGGAUGAUGCUGCAGGCACAAAAAGCAUUGCAGAUGGGACAAAAUGAGUUAGCGACACGAGUUACACAACAUUAACUUUGCCAGUGACAUUACUUUACUAAAUAAGAUGUGGAACGGAAUGAUUGCCCUUACAUCAGAGGUAGAACAGGAAGCAGCAUCAAUUGGAUUGGAAAUUGAAUUAGAAAUAUUAGGAUUGUCAAAUCUUGUCAACCCCUUUUUGCUAUAGGACUUCUUGAAUGACUGUGUUGUUUGAGAGCUUUCUCAAUUCUUUAAUUAAAGGGAUUAAGAAAGAGCUUUUAUCUCAGGUUUCAGAGUAGCAGCUGUGUUAGUCUGUAUCCGCAAAAAGAAGAACAGGAGUACUUGUGGCACCUUAGAGACUAACAAAUUUAUUAGAG